AAGCCACCGCACUCUCCUUCGCACACCAAAAUAGCCAUCAACACGAACAUAUAGAGUAUUAAAAUAAUUAAGAAAGACAAAUAUAACAAAUAUCUUUGCACGCAAAAGAAUAAUUAAACCCUUUUGAAAUCGUCCACUGUUCACCCAAACAAACCUGAUUCUCUACCGAUACCCAUACGACGCCGUAUCAGUUUCUAUCGCCUGCCGACAAUGUCCGUCUCCGGAGGUGUCUCGAUUGCCCGGAACCGCGGCGAGAACCGGUUCUACAAUCCCCCACACGUGCGACAACGACAACAGCAGCAACAACGACAACAAGUAGAGCAGCAGCAAGAGAAGCAUCAGAGACCGUCGACUUGUUCUUCUUCGGUGGAGUCGGAGAAAAGGGCUGGCUCCGAUGAGUGCGCGUCGUUUUCUUCUUCCACGACGAUGAAGUCCGAUUGUUCGGUUUCUGGGUUGGGUUCGGGUUUGGGAGCGAGCGAUGCCGCCACGAAUUUGGAUCGGUUCUUGGAGUACACGACUCCGGCGGUGCCCGCUCAGUAUUUUCCUAAGACAAGCAUGAGGGGAUGGAGGACUCGUGAGCCGGAGUUGCAUCCAUACUUUGUGCUCGGCGAUCUGUGGGAGUCCUUUAAGGAAUGGAGCGCAUAUGGAGCAGGUGUGCCUCUUUUGUUGAAUGGAAGUGACUCUGUCGUUCAGUAUUAUGUGCCAUACUUGUCUGGCAUUCAGCUCUAUAUAGAUCCAUCAAAGCCCUCUCCAAGACUGAGGAGGCCUGGUGAGGAGAGUGAUUCCAUGUCAUCCAGGGAGUCAAGUAGUGACAGUAGCAGUGACUGUGGAGCAGAAAUAGGAGCCAAUGGCGUUGUUCAUGGCACUUGGAGUCAGCAGAACAUUACAGAAGCAAAUAUCCAGGGCUUGAAAAGAGUUUCACUGAGAAAUAAAACCUUUACGGGUUCAUCAAGUGACGAAAGCGAGAAUGGCAAACCUUCAGGUCAGCUUGUGUACGAAUACUUGGAGCGUGAUCCACCAUUUAGUCGUGAACCUUUGGCUGAUAAGAUUUCAGUUCUUGCAUCUCGGUUUCCAGAGCUGAGGACAUACAAGAGCUCUGAUCUAUCACCUUCAAGUUGGAUUUCUGUGGCAUGGUAUCCAAUAUACAGGAUACCCACUGGUCCGACACUGCAGAACCUGGAUGCCUGCUUCUUGACCUUUCAUUCUUUGUCGACUCCCUUCAAAAUUACAAGCUCUGAUGGGCUGCAUUUUCGUGGUUCAAGGCCAAAGGAGGUUCACAGCGCUGACUUGUCCAUUAAUCUUUCGUUGCCCAUUUUUGGGCUUGCUUACUACAAGUUCAAAGUUUCUGUUUGGAAUCCCAAUGGAGCUUAUGAAUGUCAGAAAGCCAAUUCUCUAUUGCGAGCUGCUGACAACUGGCUCAGGCUAUUGCAAGUCAAUCACCCGGAUUACAGUUUCUUUGUGUCCCACAACUCAAACUGGAGGUAAGAGGGAUCUCCGACUAACUCAUGUCUAAUCUGAAAAUGCAAGAGAAUUUAACCUCAAAUUGCAGAAAGGAUUAUUGAUCGGAUAUUGAGUGUAUUCAGAUUCUAGUAUUCCUUGGCUCCUUUUUCUGUCUAGUCGAAGAAGUGCCAAAUAAUACUCUGGUUAUGGGAUUUUUUUAUGAAAGGCUUGGUAAGCAGAGUAAAUGAUGAUGAUGAUGAUGAUAUGAUCCUUAAGGAAAUGGCUGUUCUGAAAGGGGAGUGUGUCUCAAUGAUGGAUAUUACAGACGUGAAUCCUUAUGAGGUAUUUUGAUGAUAAUCCAUAUUUGAGUCGUUUUGUCUUGUGGGGAGGUGGCUUAAAAUAGCCUGAAAAUGACAGUUGAUACAGACUUUUUAACUAGUUUGUCAGAUGAUGAUGAAAAAAAAAAAGUUUAGUUCAUCUGUAUAUAUAGAACUGGCCUCGCUACAUACUUUUUUGUGGCAAUAGUUUCCAGGAUUUGAGCAUCUAUUAUAAACAUCAAUGUUUUGGCAUGUAUGGUUUUGAGCUAUGUGUUAUUUGAUUCGUUUUUCUUGCCCGUGAAGCCAUGAAAAUGGCCAAGGGUCCCA